AUGUCAGCAGGCUGCUAGGAGACUGGAGCGGGAGCUACUCUCUGCCUGAUUUCCAGCUCGCUGAGGUUUCUUCCACCGACCACAAUGAACAAGUUCCUGUGCUGCACGCUUGUGCUCUUGGACAUUGCUGUUAAGUGGACCACCCAGGACGACUCUUCCCCCAAGUAUUCCCAUUAUGACCCAGGGACAUCUCAUCAACUGCUGUGUGACCAGUGCCCUCCUGGGAGCUACGUAAAACAGCACUGUACAGCCACCAGCCCGACGCAGUGUGCCCCAUGCCCGGAUCAGUACUACGCCGAAGAGUGGAACAGCAACGAUGAAUGCCAGUACUGCAGCGCCGUUUGCAAAGAGCUGCAGUAUGUCAGGCAGGAGUGCACCAGCACGCAGAACCGCGUCUGCGAGUGCGUCGAAGGCAGAUACCUGGAGCUUGAGUUUUGUUUAAAGCACACGGAGUGUCCUCCCGGAUUUGGCGUUGCACAGCCAGGUACCCCUGAGAGUGACACCGUAUGUAAGAGAUGUCCAGAAGGAUUUUUCUCGAAUGAAACAUCAUCCAAAGCACCCUGCCUAAAGCACACAAACUGUAGUGCACUGGGUUUCAAAACAGCAUUGAAGGGAAAUGCAGUUCGUGACAAUGUCUGUCAGGAAAAUACAGAUACGGCAUCUCAAAAAUGUGGAAUAGAUGUAACCCUGUGUGAGGAGGCUUUGUUCAGGUUUGCUGUUCCUACCCAGCUCACACCUAACUGGCUGAACAUACUGGCAGACAGUUUGCCCGGGACAAAGGUUAGCCCAGAAAAUAUCGAAAGGAUUAAACAAAGGCACAGUUCUCAGGAGCAGACCUUCCAGCUUUUGAAAUUAUGGAAGCAGCAAAACAAAGAACAGGACUUGGUCAAGAAGAUUAUUCAAGAUAUCGAUCUUUGCGAAAAUAGUGUCUUAAAGCAUAUUGGCCACCCAAACCUCACCUUUGAACAUCUGAACACACUGAUGGCGAGUUUACCAGGCAAGAAAGUGGGAAAAGAAGAUAUCGAGCGCACAAUGAAACUAUGUCAACCUACAGAGCAAGUUCUGAAGCUUCUCAAUCUGUGGAGAAUAAAGAAUGGCGACCAAGACACCAUUAAAGGUUUAAUGUAUGGACUGAAGCACUUGAAAACAUACCACUUUCCAAAACGAACCAUCCAAAGUCUGAAGAAGGUGAUUAAGUUUCUUCACAGAUUUACAAUGUAUAGAUUAUACCAGAAACUCUUCUUAGAAAUGAUAGGGAACCAAGUUAAAUCAGUGAGAGUAAGAUGUGUCUAA